UUCGGAUCUUUCUUUUACAUCCGAUCGAAGAAAUAGAUGCAUAUAAAAGUCGUGAAAAUUCUAAUUUUGAUUUCGCUGUUAGCCGUAGCUUUCUCUCCAGCAGUCGCAAUCGGUAAAGAUGAAAAGCAUCAUUCAAUACUCGACCAUAGCCCUUGCCGCUCUCGUCUCCGCGGGUCCGGUCAUGGAGCGCUCAAGCUCGCCGUAUGUGGGGCCCGAGAACGGAACGCUUGUAAUUAUAGGGGGUAACGCGCAAGACGACGCUAUUUACCAGCGCAUCAUAGAUCUAGCCGGCGGACCAGAUGCUCCAAUCGUCACAAUCCCUACUGCCGAGGGGAGUGACACCUACGACGACGAUGCCGCUGCGGCGGGCACGUUCAGGAGACUUGGCGCCAAGAAUGUCACCGUUCUACAUACAUACGAUCCAAAAGUCGCCGAUACGGAAGAGUUUGCGGCUCCGUUGCGGGCUGCUAAGGGUGUAUUCUUCGGAGGCGGUCGGCAAUGGCGUCUCGUUGACGCGUACGCUGGUACCCUUACGGAACGCCUAUUCCACGAGGUGCUCGACCGCGGCGGCGUCGUUAGCGGAAGCUCAGCAGGAGCAUCUAUCCAAGGCAGUUUUCUUGCCCGCGGUGACACGGCCAACAAUCAGAUCCUAGUGGGCGAUCACCAAGUAGGCUUUGGAUUCGUGAAGGACGUUGCCAUUGACCAACACGUGCUCGUACGCAACCGCCAGUUCGACAUGUUUGACAUCCUUAAGGUUCGACCGGAGCUUUUGGGCAUUGCUAUCGACGAGAACACUGCACUUAUUGUGUCUAAGAAUGAUGCUGAGGUGUACCGAGGUACCUACGUGAUUAUUUACGAUGGACGCUUCUGGUCGAGGGAGGGAAGUGAUUUAAAACAUCUUCCAAAUAAUUCAUCUAUCUUUUAUUUCCUCAAGGAUGGAGAUAAAUACGAUCUUGGAAAGCGGCAGGUGGUUGUCUAAAUAGGAUCAUUAAUACGCUGAGGCUUAAAAUAGGGGUGUCUUUACCUUUCCCUUUAGUCAAUAAAUAAGUACCUAAAUACUUGUAUUAUCGGAAUAGCUUCAAGGAACUACACCUGUUUUUAGUUUAGUAGAAUUCGUAAUUGGUAAUAGGUACUUUCCGAAA